AUGGAGGAUGAGGCGGUCCUGGACAGGGGGGCCUCCUUCCUUAAGCAUGUCUGCGACGAUGAAGAAGUAGAAGGUCACCAUACGGUCUACAUCGGGGUUCAUGUGCCUAAAAGUUACAGAAGACGGCGGCGACACAAAAGAAGGCCAAAGGAAAAGAAAGAAAAGGAGAAAAUUUCAGAAAACUCCGAUAAAUCCGAUGCUGAAAAUGCUGACGAGACAAGUAGUAGCAUCCUUAAGCCUCUCAUCUCCCCCGCUGCCGAGCGCAUCCGCUUCAUUUUGGGCGAAGAUGAUGACAGCCCCGCGCCACCCCAGCUGUUCACAGAACUGGACGAACUCCUGGCCAUUGAUGGGCAAGAGAUGGAGUGGAAGGAGACGGCAAGGUGGAUAAAAUUUGAAGAAAAAGUGGAACAAGGAGGGGAGAGAUGGAGUAAACCGCACGUCGCCACCUUGUCCCUGCACAGCUUGUUUGAGCUGAGAACAUGUAUAGAGAAAGGGUCGAUUAUGCUGGAUUUAGAGGCAUCGUCACUCCCUCAAGUCGUGGAGAUGGUGGUGGACAACCAGAUUGAGACGGGGCUGUUGAAAGCAGACAUGAAGGACAAGGUCACCUAUACGCUGCUCAGGAAGCACCGGCAUCAGACCAAAAAAUCUAACCUACGUUCUUUGGCUGACAUCGGGAAAACCGUCUCCAGUGCAAGUAGGAUGUUUACCAACCCUGAUAAUGGCAGCCCAGCCAUGACGCACAGAAAUCUGACAUCCUCCAGUUUGAAUGACAUCUCCGAUAAACCUGACAAAGAGCAGUUGAAGAACAAGUUCAUGAAGAAGUUACCUCGAGAUGCCGAGGCCUCCAACGUUCUGGUCGGAGAAGUAGACUUCUUGGAAGCUCCUUUCAUUGCCUUCGUUCGGCUGCAACAAGCAGUUAUGCUCGGUGCUCUCACAGAAGUCCCUGUUCCUACUCGGUUUCUCUUCAUUUUGCUCGGUCCCAAAGGCAAAGCUAAAUCGUACCACGAGAUUGGCCGAGCCAUUGCCACUUUGAUGUCCGAUGAGGUAUUCCAUGACAUUGCCUAUAAAGCCAAAGACAGGCAGGACCUGAUCGCUGGCAUCGAUGAGUUCCUGGACGAAGUCAUUGUGCUUCCCCCUGGGGAGUGGGAUCCUGCUAUCAGGAUAGAGCCCCCUAAGUCCCUCCCAUCAUCUGACAAAAGGAAAAACAUGUAUUCAGGUGGUGAGAACGUCCAGAUGAAUGGAGACACUCCUCACGAUGGAGGAAAUGGAGGCGGCGGACAUGGGGAUUGUGAAGAAUUGCAACGAACUGGCAGACUUUUUGGUGGCUUGAUAAAAGAUAUCAAGAGGAAAGCCCCUUUCUUUGCCAGUGACUUCUACGACGCAUUCAACAUCCAAGCCCUUUCCGCCAUUCUCUUCAUCUACUUGGCUACUGUAACCAACGCCAUUACCUUUGGAGGGCUGCUGGGAGAUGCAACGGAUAAUAUGCAGGGUGUAUUGGAAAGCUUUCUGGGCACAGCGGUUACGGGAGCUCUCUUUUGCCUUUUUGCCGGCCAGCCGCUCACUAUUCUGAGUAGCACUGGACCUGUCUUGGUCUUUGAACGACUUUUAUUUAACUUCAGCAAAGAUAAUGGCUUUGAUUACCUGGAGUUUCGCCUCUGGAUUGGUUUGUGGUCAGCCUUCUUGUGUCUCCUUCUGGUGGCUACCGAUGCCAGCUUCUUGGUGCAAUAUUUUACCCGGUUCACAGAAGAGGGGUUCUCGUCCUUGAUCAGCUUUAUCUUCAUCUAUGACGCGUUCAAGAAGAUGAUCAAAUUAGCGGAUUAUUACCCCAUCAAUUCUCAUUUUAAAGUGGACUAUAUCACACUUUAUUCCUGUACCUGCAUGCCCCCAGAUCCAGUUAAUGCUUCUUUAUUCAACGAGACAGGCACACCAUCAGCUGAUUGGUCUUCAAGUAACUCUGCUGAGAUGCAUAACGGCACCAUCGACUGGGCCUCUCUGACAAAGAAGGAGUGCUUGAAAUACGGAGGUGUUCUCUCGGGCAACAAUUGCAAAUACGUUCCUGACAUCACCCUUAUGUCCUGUAUCCUUUUCCUGGGCACCUACACCUGCUCCAUGGCCUUGAAGAAAUUCAAGACCAGCCGCUAUUUCCCAACGACUGCAAGAAAGUUGAUCAGUGACUUUGCCAUCAUCCUUUCCAUUUUUAUUUUCUGUGGAAUUGAUGCUCUGGUAGGUGUGGAUACACCGAAACUCAUUGUGCCAAGUGAAUUCAAGCCAACGAGCCCUGAGAGAGGUUGGUUUGUCCCGCCUUUUGGAGGGAAUCCCUGGUGGGUGUACCUGGCGGCCGCUAUUCCUGCCCUGCUGGUGACUAUCCUCAUCUUCAUGGACCAGCAGAUCACGGCUGUCAUCGUCAACCGGAAAGAGCACAAACUUAAGAAAGGAGCUGGCUAUCAUCUAGACCUCUUCUGGGUGGCUGUUCUGAUGAUUGUAUGUUCCUUCAUGGGCCUGCCAUGGUACGUUGCUGCUACCGUGAUCUCCAUUGCACACAUUGACAGCUUGAAGAUGGAAACGGAGACGUCCGCACCUGGGGAGCAGCCCAAAUUCUUGGGAGUCAGGGAACAGAGGGUGACUGGAGUGAUCGUGUUCAUUCUGACAGGCAUUUCAGUCUUCAUGGCUCCCAUCUUGAAGUUUAUUCCCAUGCCAGUGCUCUAUGGAGUGUUUCUGUAUAUGGGAGUUGCUUCCCUCAACGGAGUGCAGUUCAUGGAUCGUCUGAAGCUGCUCCUAAUGCCUCUCAAGCACCAGCCUGACUUUAUCUACCUGAGACACGUCCCCCUCCGCCGGGUCCAUCUUUUCACUUUCCUCCAGGUGGUGUGCUUGGCUCUCCUAUGGAUUUUGAAGUCUACAGUGGCUGCUAUUAUAUUCCCAGUCAUGAUCUUGGCACUCGUGGCAGUCAGAAAGGCCAUGGACUACCUCUUCUCCCAGCACGACCUGAGUUUCCUUGAUGACGUCAUUCCAGAAAAGGAUAAGAAGAAGAAAGAGGAUGAGAAAAAGAAGAAAAAGAAGAAGGGAAGCCUGGAUAGUGACAAUGAUGACGAGAAAAAUCACCAACAUUCCUUGAACGCCAUACAUCAUGCUGAUAAAAUUCCUUACCUCCAUGCCCAUACAAUGCCAAGCCUUCCACGAACUCCAAUGAAAGUUGUGCCUCAAAUUAGAAUAGAGCUUGAUCCUGAAGAUAAUGGUUAUUUCUGGAGGAGCAAGGGAACAGAAACGACUUUGUAACUUCCUUCUUUCGACUGAGCUGGCUUUUUCUUUUCAUUUUCUCUCCCCUCCCCCCCAGUUCAAAUUGCUAGCCAAAUGCCCCUCUGCGUAGAUAAAAACCUCUUUCUUCGUCAACUCUUUCCUUCCAUUUCCUCUGCACACCCACCUGCUUGUAUAUUUUUCUGCUCAGCUCAUUUUUCUUCUCCCUUUUGUUCCGACCAAGAGACUUUUUCUUCGGUUUUUGCCUUCUUAAUCACAUGCGUACGUUUGUUCUCCUCUGGAGUUUCACACUGGAGGGCGGAAGUAUUAAGGAUAUAUUAUCACGGCUUUGUGAAAUGUCAGCAGAACUGUUAUUAUUUUUUUAAAGUGGUGAAUCAGUGUUUUUCUUUAUUCCUGGUAAUUGUUUUUUUAAAUCUGUUUCUAGCAGGAACAAAACUGACCUCUAGGCUAAUUCCCCAUACUUCAGUACUCUUGUAAAAAUGCUGCUAAUUUUAACAAACUCUUAACACCACCUCUGCUUUUUUAGUGUCAAGCACAUGAAACAAAUAUGGUACUUUUCACACAGACUGACUUUUCUUACCGUCACUGCUGUGAUUGUGUGAAAUCAACCCUGUCCUAUGCAACAUUUAUUCUCCUGACACUCUUAACAGAUUCUUUAAUCUGUCAACUGCAUAGACAGUUUUUUCUUCUUAGAUAACUUUUGUUUUAAAUUAUGGGGGCCUAACCUGCGACUUAUAUUUUUUGUCAAUUUUUUAAACCGUUUUUUUAAAAAAAAAUUACUGUAAAGAAAAUGAAUUCUUUUUCCUGCAGCAGGAAACGUAUAGAUUUGAGUAGUUCUACCUCUUAUUUCUAGAUGUCGGACUUUCUCUUUAAAAAAGGAAAAAAAAUCAAAAAAGAAGUCAGAAGAUUUAAUAAUAAUAAUAAUAAUUGUAUAGUAUGUUAUAUAAUGUGAUUUUUGCAAAAAAGAACAAAAAAGACAAAAAUACACAAUCUCAAGGAUAUACAGCAUAGAACUGAAAUCAGCUAUAUUAACAUGUCUCAUUGGAAAUGCCUACGUUUCCUUCCUUCCUUCUUCCUUCCUUCCUUCCUUCCUUCCUUCCUUCCUUCCUUCCUUCCUUCCUUCCUUAUAAUAUUUUCUGAACAAUCUGGCCACACAGUGAAGAAAUCACAUUUUCCAGUUUAGUCUGCUAAGAAGUGCUGCUACGCUGUCUGCAGACUUCCUGUGUAGACACUGUUGGAAUGAAGUAGGGCAGACACAGUAGCAGCAAGGUGUGAAUUUCCUUCAGACAGAAAUGAGCAUCGGGGCAUAAACAGAUGCAGACUAUAAUCAGGUGUUGAUAUUCAUGUCCUGUAAUGUUAACGUUAUUUCAUCUAUAGACAUUUUCUGGCACCCAUCUCUGUCUCUCUCUCUGUGUGUGCACAUUCAAAUUCAAUAUAAAACGAAGUGAAGCCAAAGGGAGCGGAAAUGGUUUUUUAAAAAGUCUUAAUUGUCAGUCUGAAUCUCUCUUAAUUCUUGCCCAGCAAAUCUUUAGAUUCCAGCUUGAUCAGGGAAGGUUGAUGACGAGGCUAUAUUUAUACCCUGUGGCGCAGUGGUUAAACUGCAUUACUGCAGCCAAGCCUCCGCGCACAAUCUGAGUUUGAUCCCAACAGAUUCAGGUAGCUGUCUUGAGGUUGACUUAGCCUUCCACCCUUCUGAGGUUGGUAAAAGGAGGACGCAGGUCACUGGGCAGUAAACUGUUCCUUGUAUAAUUAUGUUCUAAACUGCCCAGAGAGUGCUCUAGCACUAUAGGGCAGCAUAAUAAUUGAAACAAUAAUACUCUCUUUUCUUUUCCUGUAAUGCUUCCAAAACAAAACUGUGUGAGUUAAAAAGGCAUCGUUUUCUGACUGCAUGCAGGGUUUGUGGGUUUGAACAUUUUCCCCACCAGAACCUUCCUGCAUUGUGGGUAGAUGCUUAGAGUAUUGGUAGGCUUCAGGAUUUAGAUGAGCCUAGGGAAUGUGUCCUCUCCCUUUCUAUGUGCAGAGAAUAAUUAUGCGGAGAGACAAUUUCAAAUGUGAUGUUCCACCACUGACAAACCAAAAAGAAAAUGCCCAAAUAUUUACGUGGUUUGACAAGAUCAAUUCCAAAUGUAAUUAUGUCAAGAGUACAACACAGUGAAGGAAAAAUAGGAUGGGUGCUAUGUUUGCUGACCAGCACAAUAAUUAGAAGCUGGCUUACAUGAGACAGCUUUGCAUUUAGAAGCCGAGCUCCCGUAAAAAAUUCUGCUCAACUGAGCAUGAACAUUUUUUACCUCCACAUCUUGCAAAUCUCAUGAUUGGUCGUUAGGUGGGUAAACACGGGCUUCAUUUGUUAGUUUGAUCGCUCUGGCAUGCAGCUCUGAGGAACUCCCAUCUCGGCAACACAGGUGUGCUAUGAGCCAUCUAACUGCAGUCUGUGGCUCCGUCAAGAAUUUGAGACACAAGGUGGGUUUGCAGAAAGAUCUGCUCUCUUAAAGGGAUGCAGUAAGCAAUGACCACUGUUUAGACAACCUCUGUGGACAUCAGUGGAUGCUUGGAGGUGUAAAGCUCUGUUGAGUUUUGUGGACGGUAUGUUGGGAUGUUGCAGAGGCUGGAUCUGCACGCAUCAUCUCCUUUUGGCUUAGGGCCAUUUUGUUGACAGCGGGUAUGUUUGCACCGGCAAUCUAAAAUGUCCAUUAAUUUAUCCAUGAACUAUCAAGUACCAUAUUUUUCUGUGUAUAAGAUGUUACUUUUGUCUAAAAUCUUUAGACUAAAAAUUGAGGG